AUGAGUUUGUUGCACAACAUUAUGCGCCAGAAGCUCCAAACUAAACCAGAUGGCUCAGGCCCAGAUACCUUUGUGGAGUAUAACUCUCAUGCAAAACAGCUGAGCAUGCCACCAGAUGCUGUGGAUGCUGCGUCUGAGGCGGUUGCAACGUUCUUGCCAUUAGGAUUAGACACCACAACUACCAAGGUACCACGUUGGCAGGAGGAUCUGCACCGCGAUGUUGAUUACUACGGAACUGUUUUCGGGCUGGGUAAGCCUCUAUGGUUCAGUCGAGCAGACCUCACGUCCAACUCACCAAAUAUCGUGACAACCAAUGAUCUAACCACUUUUUCGAAUUCCGUCGGUCUAGCCUGGUGGUGUCGCACAUUACGACGACAGUGUUUGCGGAUCGUGUUGUCGAAGCUCAACCUAGGGUAUCGCACCCCGUUAGCUGAAGGAAGUCAUGGUCAGGCUAAUCGAGGGGCAUCAUUACAGACACCUACAACUGCCAAAAUCAACCUGUCAAUAAGGACGUCGGAUAAACAGUCAACUGUCGGGUUGACUGAGAGUGCUAAUGAACCAGAGAUAAAGAUAUCUCUCCGUUCCGUGUCUGUGUACCUUAUCACUCCACACCAAAAGAUCCAAGUGAAUCCGCUACUACACCUGAGUGGAGGCAAAGGCACAUCUGACUUCAUAGAUGUUAGCAUUCUCAUUUCACCACUGGGACGUCGGGAGCUGAUAGAGCGUCCAAACGACAAGGCCGAAUUUGCUGCCAAUGGUGAGGAAGCUCACGUGUAUACCUAUGCACGUGAACGUUUUGAAAUGGGUGUGGAUCUUGCCUCGAACCCAACCAAUCCUGCACCGCAAGUGAGCAAUCGAUUGCGUGGUCGUUAUGGGAACGAACUGGUCCACAAAAUAACCCUAAUGUGCCACUUGUCAUCCGGCGCUACUUUUCACAAGAUGCAAAAAAAGCACACUCUAAGUAGACAACUUAUUAUCCAGCCGAUUCGAAUCAUAUGGUGUUUUAUCGCCAGUCAGCCAAUUUGA